AUGGCCCCCUCCGCUGCUGAUGGCGAGAACCAGCAUGGUUCCGUCUUCUCCGUCUCCGGACCCGUCGUCGUGGCCGAGCAUAUGAUCGGUUGUGCUAUGUACGAGUUGUGUCGAGUCGGUCAUGAUCUGCUUGUCGGAGAAGUCAUUCGUAUCGAUGGAGAUAAGGCCACCAUUCAGGUCUACGAGGAAACCGCUGGCUUGACGGUUGGCGACCCCGUUCAGCGUACAGGCAAGCCUCUUUCGGUUGAGCUCGGUCCCGGUUUGAUGGAAACGAUUUACGAUGGUAUUCAGCGCCCCCUGAAGGAUAUCUCCGAACAGUCCAAGGGCAUCUAUAUUCCCCGUGGUAUUGCAGUCAAUGCCUUGGAUCGUGAGAGGAAAUGGGACUUCAAGCCUGGGAAAUACAAGGUCGGCGAUCACAUCACUGGCGGUGACAUCUGGGGUACCGUUUUCGAGAACAGCUUGGUGAAUGACCACAAGAUCAUCCUUCCUCCCCGCGCGAGGGGUACUAUUACCAGGAUCGCCGAGGCUGGUAGCUACACAGUUGAUGAGAAACUUCUUGAAAUCGAGUUCAAUGGCGUGAAGACUGAGCACAGUAUGAUGCACACCUGGCCCGUCCGUGUGCCCAGACCUGUGAACGAGAAGCUGGCCUCCGACUCUCCGUUCAUUGUCGGCCAGCGAGUCUUGGACUCUCUUUUCCCCAGUGUCCAAGGUGGUACCGUCUGCAUUCCCGGCGCCUUCGGAUGCGGUAAGACUGUCAUUUCUCAGAGUGUGUCCAAGUUCUCCAACAGUGAUAUCAUCGUCUACGUCGGUUGCGGUGAGCGUGGUAAUGAGAUGGCUGAAGUGUUGAUGGAUUUCCCCGAGCUUUCCAUCGACAUCGACGGUCGCAAGGAGCCUAUCAUGAAGCGUACCUGCCUGAUCGCUAACACCUCCAACAUGCCUGUCGCCGCCCGUGAAGCCUCUAUCUACACCGGUAUUACGAUCGCCGAAUACUUCCGUGACCAAGGAAAGGACGUGGCUAUGAUGGCGGAUUCCAGUUCUCGUUGGGCCGAGGCUCUCCGUGAAAUCUCUGGUCGUCUGGGAGAGAUGCCUGCUGAUCAGGGUUUCCCCGCCUACCUUGGUGCUAAGCUUGCCUCCUUCUAUGAGCGUGCCGGACGGAGUAUCGCCCUCGGAAGCCCCGAGAGAACCGGCAGUGUCAGUAUUGUCGGUGCCGUUAGCCCUCCAGGUGGUGAUUUCUCGGACCCUGUUACCAGCAGCACUCUCGGUAUCGUCCAGGUUUUCUGGGGUCUGGACAAGAAGCUGGCUCAGCGCAAGCACUUUCCCUCGAUCAAUACGUCGAUCUCCUACAGCAAGUAUACCACGGUUCUGGACCGGUACUACGAGAAGCACCACCCCGAGUUUCCUCGUCUGCGUGAUCAGAUUCGUGAGCUUUUGACCAAAUCGGAAGAUCUGGACCAGGUGGUGCAGUUGGUCGGUAAGGCGGCAUUGGGUGACUCGGAUAAGAUCACCCUGGAUGUGGCUGCCAUGGUCAAGGAUGAUUUCCUGCAACAGAACGGCUACAGUGACUAUGAUCAAUUCUGUCCUCUGUGGAAGACUGAGUACAUGAUGAAAGCUUUCAUGGGCUACCAUGACGAAGCGCAGAAGGCCGUUGCCCAAGGUCAGAAUUGGGCCAAGGUUCGCGACGCCACGGGUGAUAUCCAGACCGCUCUGCGGAACAUGAAGUUCGAAGUGCCAGACAACGAGGCGGAGGUGUCUAACAAGUAUGAGAAGAUCCUCCAAACCAUGUCGGAGCGUUUCGCUUCGGUGUCGGAUGAGUAG